AUGAGUAAGAAAUACAUCCGAUAUUUGAUCAACGUCGGGCAGGGUUUUUACCCGAUUCUGACCUGUGGGAGUGCCUCCUGUUUCGGCGGGCUUCUUCAUGACGAUCAUGACAAUGGCGACGAGAACGGUCCGAAGUCUUAUUGGAACGUUUGUGCGAGCGGUCUCGGCUUCGGUCCCUGCUUCGAUCCCGAUGGUGAUGUCGGUGAGAAUGAAGAGGAUGAUGAGAGCCCCUACGAUGUUUCUCAUCGUCAACCUUCGAAGAAGCCUCAUCCAACUUAA